AUGAUUGUCAAAGGAGAGGUGGGGGUCAAGCUUGACCCCAAGGCUUAUAACAAGGCGUGUUAUUCCACGCCACAACGCAAGAUGGACAAUCCUGAACUAGCUGGGGGUCUAGAUACGGCCGAGGUGGUGUCCUCUCAACAUCCCUACGCAGAGGAGUAUAUCGGCAGGCCGCAUGUCAUCACCAUUGACUUCAAUAACUCUGAAGUAUUUGAAGCAACCAUACGUGAGAUCAUGAAGAUCGAUGUGGAGCCGUUCCUGCCCUAUGAAUAUACAUGUGAAGGAAUGCUUGAAAGGGUUCAUGCCUAUAUUCAGAAUCAGGACUUUUGCUCACCCGAGGUUCCCUUUCCUCCAGUAAACACAUCGUGGGAUUUGCUCAAAGGGCCCUUCCUCCCUUUGCCUAACUCAAAAAUGCUUAAAUGGGGCUCCAAUGCCAGCUCUUUCCCAUCAUGGCCUCCUCUUACUGCACUCCGGCUUUUGACAUCACUACAAGGCCAGUCAUGCGUGGAAGCAUGCCAGAGUGAAGGACUAAUCUGUGAACCUGCCUUGUAUCGUUUUAUCAACAUCAAAGAAGCAUUCAGCGCGUUGGACCUCCAAUGUGAAGGAGUAGAAUCUGAGAUGAACCACCUCUUUCCUGCCUUCUCUGCAGAGCAUGCUGAAUGCAGCCUACAGCACGAUCCUCUAUUGUUUAGCUGUGCUGGUUCUAGUCCCAAAUACAAACGCCUUUGCCCAUGUAGGGACUACCAAAAAGGACAGGUUGCAUUGUGCAGGGACUGCUUAUGACCAAAGGAUGGCCCAGUUCAGGGAGCUUUUUUAAAUCAUGCUUAUUAAGAUCUAAAAUGUCAAUUUAAAAGAAACACUGAAGUGAAAGAGCUGCACUGCUAAAAUAGCAACAUGGCUCACUUGUCACUGUCCUCAGACUUGCUGCUAAUAGUUUCAUUGACCUCAGGGAACUGCAUGAUUGAGUUUUUGAAAUAAAUGCUUUCAAAUAUUCAUCUUGUUACAGAACUAACAGGCCCUAUGAAAAAGAAAAUCUGUCUUUCUCAAUGACUUCUUACAGAAAAAAAAAUCAAAAACGAUUGUUUUUUUGCUUUUUUUUUAAGCUCUUGUAAAUGUGUGUUUGUUUCAACCAUCACUGUACCAUUACCGGGGCUGGAUAUGUCCACAGACACUCCCAAAGACAUUAUUUAAAGAUGUACUAUUUUAUGUGUCCUGUGGAAAAAAAACAUUUGUACAUAUAGAAGGUGAAG